AUGGCAACUUUCACACUUCACAAAGAAACAGUUCAAUCAUGGUUACUUCUAAGUAGAACACACAUAUUAUUCCACUUCAUAUGUGUCUUGUUUCUCUUUUACUACCGUAUCAAAAAUUUCAUUGUCACCUAUCCAUGGAUUUUAAUGACACUAGCUGAAACUAUUCUAUCAAUCAUGUGGUUUUUCAACCAAGCGUACCGGUGGCGGCCGGUGAGUCGUUCGGUUAUGACCGAGAAACUCCCGGCGGACGAGAAACUACCGGGACUCGACAUAUUUGUGUGUACGAUCGAUCCUGAGAAAGAACCGACCGUCGAAGUUAUGAACACGGUUGUUUCCGCUAUUGCUAUGGAUUACCCUAGUGAUAAACUUUCUGUCUAUCUUUCUGAUGAUGGUGGUUCUCCUGUUACUCUUUAUGGGAUUAAAGAGGCUUCUGAAUUUGCUAAAGUUUGGGUUCCUUUUUGUAAAAAAUAUGGUGUCAAAUCAAGGUGCCCUAAGGUUUUUUUCUCUCCUUUGGCUGAGGAUGAACAUGUUCUUAGGUCACAUGAUUUUCAAAUAGAAAGAGACCAGAUUAAGGUAAAGUAUGAGAAAAUGCAGAAAAAUAUUGAGAAAUUCAGUUCUGAUCCGAAGAAUCUUUGCAUGGUUAAUGACAGACCUUCUCGGAUUGAGAUUAUAAACGACGAAUCAGAAAUUCCACGUGUCGUUUACGUAUCUCGUGAAAGAAGGCCAUCACUUCCUCACAAAUUUAAAGGAGGUGCCCUCAACACAUUGCUUAGAGUCUCAGGUUUAAUAAGUAAUGGACCUUAUGUACUUGCAGUGGACUGUGAUAUGUAUUGCAAUGAUCCAUCCUCAGCAAAACAAGCAAUGUGUUUCUUUCUUGAUCCAGAAACCUCUAAAUAUAUUGCUUUUGUUCAAUUCCCUCAAAUGUUUCACAAUCUUAGCAAAAAAGACAUCUAUGACAACCAAUCUAGAACUGCUUUUAAGACAAUGUGGCAAGGGAUGGAUGGAUUGAGAGGUCCAGGUCUUUCUGGAAGUGGUAAUUACUUGAACAGAAGUGCAUUAUUAUUUGGAAGUCCAAAUCAAAAAGAUGAGUAUCUUCAUGAUGCCCAAAACUAUUUUGGAGGAUCAACCGCAUACAUAGAAUCACUCAAGGCCAUUCAUGGACAACAAGUUAUGAAAAAGAAUAUUUCCAAAGAAGAAAUUUUGCAAGAAGCUGAAAUAGUUUCAUCUUGCUCCUAUGAAUCAAACACAAAAUGGGGCACAGAAGUAGGAUUCUCAUAUGGCAUUUUACUAGAGAGUACUAUCACUGGCUAUCUUUUACAUUGCAGAGGAUGGAAAUCAGCAUAUCUUUAUCCAAAAACACCAUGUUUCUUAGGUUGUGCACCAACUGAUAUCAAAGAAGGAAUGCUUCAGUUGGUGAAAUGGUUGUCUGAACUUUGCUUGCUUGCUGUCUCUAAAUAUAGUCCUUUUACUUAUGGAUUUUCAAGAAUGUCAACUAUUCAUAACUUCACUUAUUGCUUCAUGUCUAUUUCAUCUAUAUAUGCUAUUGGAUUCAUCCUUUAUGGUAUUGUGCCUCAAAUUUGCUUCUUCAAAGGAAUCCCUUUAUUUCCAAAGGUCACAGAUCCUUGGUUUAUAGUGUUUGCGAUAUUAUACAUAGCCACACAAAUUCAACAUUUGAUAGAGGUAAUUUCUGGUGAUGGCUCAGUUUCAAUGUGGUGGGAUGAACAAAGAAUUUGGAUUUUAAAAUCAGUUACAAGUUUAUUUGCAAUGAUAGAGGCGGUUAAGAAAUGGUUAGGAUUAAACAAGAAAAAAUUCAACUUGUCAAACAAAGCAAUUGAUACAGACAAAGAGAAAAUCAAGAAAUAUGAACAAGGUAGGUUUGAUUUUCAAGGUGCAGCUUUGUAUAUGUCUCCAAUGAUUGUGUUACUCAUUGUCAACACUAUUUGCUUCUUUGGUGGUUUAUGGAGGCUUUUUAAAAUAAGAGAUUUUGAAGAUAUGUUUGGUCAACUUUUCUUAGUAAGUUAUGUUAUGGCUCUUAGUUAUCCAAUUUUUGAAGGGAUUUUAACUAUGAAAAGUAAGAGUGGGUAG